AAUCAAUAUAAAACAAUCAUUGUUUUGUGAAAAAUGUCUAUUAUAUUCUUAGACUUUGUUCAGCUUAACAAAUUGGUUAGAAAAAAUUUAUUCUUGUAUUUGAUAAUGUAUUUUAAAGGACAAAAACUGAUGUUAUACACUCUUGCUUUAACUUCUCACAUAUUAGCUGCGCCACCAUCAAAAUCAUCGGAAUUAGCCAAAGUGCUUGAUAUCAAGACUAAUGUUACUUCGGGACAAGUUGAAGACAUCCUCCGAAAAUUGUCCUUAGCAUUGGCCCCGGACUCUUCUGUGGAAGGUCGCAAAGAAAUACAUUAUAACAAUCAUCACAAUUCUAAACCGCAUUACAGUGCUAUAACGUCGCUUAUUCAUUUGUUAAUGACCAUUGGAAGUACCAUUGCUCCGUUAAUUGGUGCCAUACUAGGUCCACUUUUGUCUAACAUAGCUAAUGGGAUUACUUGGGCGAUCACUCAUACAAUCGCUUCUGGUUUUUCGUUCCAUAAUUUAUUUAAGCCCACUUUAGGACAUGGAUCCGAAUACAGUCAUUAUCAUCACCAACAUCAUCCAACAACUUACAUAGCAGAUGGCGAAUCAAAUGGAAUCGUUGAUCGUGUUGAAACAUCCACUGCCGGGGAAAUAGAAGCCGCAACCGUAAGAGUCAUUGGAACAUAAUAAAGCACAAAUAAAAUUUGAGUAUAAAAGAAGGAAAUGCAAAUUUAAUUAUUUAUUUUUAGCAAAUUUUUAAUUAGUAAAUUAAAGUAAAACGUGGGGGGGUAUAAUGUAUUUUCGGAGUGUUAUUAUUGUAUGGUACGUUAUACAUUAUUACAAAGCUACUAGAAAUUAACUCCAAAAUUUUUAUAUUUAAUUUAAUAUUAUAUUGUACAUAAAAUAUACACAAUAUAAAAUAUGAUAGUUAUAAUUAUUAAUAUUGUAAUUUAAAAAAAAAUUAACUAUGUAACACUUUAAAAUAAAACCAGGUUUUUGCCCCAAGUGCAAAACUAGCAUUAAAAAUUACUUUCAGAAAUGAAAGUAAAUUCUGUCAUACCUAAUGACUGCUGUUUGUAACUAGUAAUUUAACAUGUAAUAAAUUUGAAAACUGUGUAUUUUCAAAAGUGUAUUAAACAAAAAUGAACUUCAAAUAUAAUAUUUUCAAUAGA